AUGUGGUUUGGCGCAGUUCUUCGAGCCGCAAGGAAAGGCGAAGACCCUUUGAGCGUGUUUGAUGAUGCCUCAGAUGCAAUACGGCAAAGGCCCAUCAUCGUGUUCAGCGGUGAUGCUUUCUCCCCAUCCCUUGAAUCUUCCGUUCUCAGAGACUUUGACUUUGGAGAAGCACGUCUCAACGAGCUGUCGAGCAAGACGAACUUCCCUUGGCUUCUCUCCAAUGUGUUCCACGAAGGCCCUGGUACUUCAGACCAGCGCCUACUAUCACAAGCUCGCGAAAGCUUUGUAGUGAAACAUGGAAUCCAUAGGAUCGGGUUCUUUGGUCUGGCAGGCACCGACUGGCCUUCAGGUUGCCAGAACCUCCCGCCAUGCAAGAUUUCUUUGCCUACCGACGAGGCCCGAAGAGUAGCCCGGCAUCUGAGAACUGUCGACCAGUGCGAUUUUGUCAUAGCAGUCACCCAUAUGCGCCUGGCAGACGAUCUACUCGUCAGUGAUGCCACAAACGUGGGCGAUGAGCUCGUGGAUCUAUUGCUUGGCGGUCAUGAUCAUGAUGUCGUCCAGAGGAGUGCAGGAAGCCGAUGCGCGGACCCUGCGAGAAUCUGUGAAGGGUAUAGCAACAAAGAGAUGACCAAACAAGGCCAAGUAAGGCCAUGCCAUCAUAUGACCAAGGUCAUCAAGAGUGGCACCAACUGGAAAGGCCUGUCUGUUGUAAGGCUACGGCCUACACAUGACAAUGACCGCGUUUCGAUAGGAGCAAUGGCAUUGCACCAAUUCACUGACUUGAGAGACUCCCCUCAGUUCCAGGCUAUGCAGCCCGAUCCAGACAUUCAGCGCGUCCUAACAGAGGUGCAUGACAAGAUACACGAGGCUGUUCAGCACCCUCUCUUGCAUUGCUUGACCCCGCUGGAUGGGCGGUCCGGAGUAGUGCGCAGCUCCGAGACCAAUCUCGGAAAUAUGAUCGCAGAUGCUGUCCGGGCUUACUAUGAAGUCGAGAUCGCCCUGGUCAACAGCGGAGGGAUCAGAUGCGACACGAUCGUGGAGCCCACAUUGGAGACUCUCGGUGCAUUUCGCAGGACACCGCUGACGGUCAAGGACAUCAUCAGCAUUGUCCCAUUUGACAAUGCGUUUGUGGUGAAAAAGGUCCGCGGUCAAGUUCUGCUAGCUGCCUUGGAGAACUCGCUGUCCGAUGCACACACCGAUGGUCGCUUCCUCCAGCUCUCCGGGUUGAGAAUAGAGGCAGAUUGGCGCCGGCAAGAGGGCCGACGAUUGCUCAGCGCAUGGCACAUGCCUUCAGAUUGCCCAUCUAAAGAGCAGUUGGUAGAUCCAGAUAUGACCUACACUGUGGCCAUGGUGGCAUUCCUAGGCCAAGGCUUUGAUGGCUAUGUCGACUUUCCAAGCCAGGAGACGCUCGUGGGAGAAGAGGGCGCAAUGACAGACACGAGGCUCAUGCUCAAUAUCUUUGGCCAUGACAUGACCUCCGCUACAACGUAUGGCCUGCCAAAGGACGAAGAAUCUAGCAUUGCCGAAGAUGACAACGAUGGCAUCCGCCGAGCGCGCAACGCAAUCGUAAAGGGCUAUGCAGAAGAUGGCCUGCCCGUCGUGGCACCCAACUGUGAAGGAAGGAUCAUCUUCAAAUCGACCCCCAAUUAG